UGCCGUGAGUUAAUGGCCGCCCACCUCUAACUGGAUAUAUCUAUUGGGACAAAUUGGAGCAUUAUGGGCGAUUUGAGCUGGAAAGACUUUUUGAGCCAGGCUAAGCAGUUCCUUAAUAUUUCCCAGCAGUUGGGCGAUAGCUGGACAAUGGAGGAAAAGGACUCGAAUGAACCGAACACCUUCCUCAAGUUCGAACAAAAAAUUAAGUACAAAAGCGACAAGGAUAAUUUAGGGGAAUUGGUUAGUGUAGAGUAUCAUGUGGUCUACAGUGUUUCCUACCAAGUGCCUAUGCUCUUUUUCCAAACGCACAGAUCAGAUGGAAGCCUUCUGGACUUGGAGGCUACUUGGCAGCUCUUUAUGCCGGAAACAAAAGGUAGCGGUCUCUACCAGGUACUCACCCAAAUGGAUCACCCCGUGCUCUUCAGACCUUUCAUGGCACUGCAUCCAUGUCGCACCGCCGAGGUCCUAACACAAUUCGAAAGCCCAGCUAAAAUCAGGUUCUUACCUUCAUUAGCCUUUACGGACCCCAUGUGCAGUUGCGCCUGCAAAAUGCAUACGGCCUCAGCCAAGAAUACACAUAACUUGCAUUUAUUGGUGGUUGUUUUAAACACUGGUUAUAGGAGUAUACAUGUGUGGAUAAUAUGGCAUUUGUAAUUUACAGUUUUACAUUCAAUUCGCUACUUUAAAGUGGUUUGACCUUUACAUCGAAUAUGCUAAAUUCGAGGACAUCGUGUGCCUCAUUUCUUCUAAUACUUGGCACAAGUGAAGAUCCAAAUCGUACAGUAGAUACGGGAUAAAGUUAUAUAGCGACCGUUCUACUUUUCACAGCUAAAGCAACACUUCAGUUGUAAAUUUCAAUGUAAAAGAAAAUCCGUUAAUAAAUCAACAAAAGGAACAAAGCUUUGUACACUGAUUAUAACUCCGCUUAUGGGAGACAUUGAUGUACCUACGCAUUAAAUACGGUAAGUUUAACCUAGUUUAUAGUUUGCAAGUUCCACUCGCCCUCUUCCUUAAUUCAACUGGUAAUAUCAAUUAGUAGUUGUUCAAUUAUAGAGCUAUUUUUAGACAAGUAUGUAUGUAUAUGCUUAAGCCUAAUUGUACUGUACAAAAGCGUGGCCUUAGUCGAUCAGCUUCGCUUUGCAUUUUACUAAUGUUAAGUGGUUCAUUUAUAAUUAAUGUUAACUGGCUACUGUGUGGCAUUAGCGGCA